AUGGCCCAGAAGUACGCCAAGGAUCAGCCUGAGGGCUUCACCAACCGCAUCGAGAGAGUCGCUAUUGUUGGAGCCGGUGGUUCUGUUGGUCAAUAUCUGGCUAGGGCACUGUUGAAUACCGGAAAGCACACAGUCACCGCCAUCACUCGUGAAGGCAGCACUAGCAAGAUUCCUGAAGGUGCUAAAUCCGUCAUCGUCGACUACGAAAACGAGGACUCUAUUGUUGCCGCCCUCAAGGGCCAGCAAUUCCUCGCCAUCUCCAUGUCCGUCACCGCUGCCCCUGGCACUCAGGAAAAGAUCAUUGCUGCCGCUGCAAAGGCCGGCGUUCCUUGGGUCAUGCCCAACUGCUACGGCACCGACUUCACCAAUAAGUCGCUCGCAGAGGAGAACAUGACUGGCCAGUCAGUUCUACCAGGCAUCAAGGCCAUUGAGGAUGCUGGUGUGUCAUCCUGGAUCGCCAUGGGUUGCUCUUACUGGUAUGAGUUCUCCAUUGCCCAGGGCCCGCAGUGGUAUGGCUUCGAUUUUAGCGGCAACCAAAAGAAGGUGACCUUUUACGACGACGGCAAGACGCAGAUCAACACCUCGACCUGGCUUCAGUGCGGUCGAGCUAUUGCCGCUCUUCUAAGCCUCAAGGAGCUACCUGAAGACGAAAGCGACAAGUCACCAAGCAUCUCCCAGUGGCGAAACAAGCCCAUGUGGAUCUCCAGUUUUCUCAUCUCCCAGCGAGAAAUGCUCGACAGCAUCCAACGCGUGACGGGCACCACGGACAAGGACUGGGAGAUUGAGUAUGAGGGCUCUCACGAACGCUGGAGUCGGGCGAUGGACAUGCUGAAGAAGGGUGACCGAAGGGGCUGGGCGAUGGGCAUGUACGCCAGGACAUUUUACCCCAACGGUGACGGCAACAUUGAGGCCAAGUAUGGUCUUGCGAACGAUGUGCUUGGACUUCCCAAGGAAGAUUUGGAUGAGGCUACCAAGAGGGCGCUCAAGAUGGUUGAUUCCAGCUACAACUAUUUUACAAACAGGAGCAAGUAA